CGAGCUCAUUCAGGCUGGACGAUGAAGAGGUUGGAGUAGGUGAUGUCAAAGCGCCGAAGUCUUCAGCCCUGCGAGUUACUCCCUGAGCCACCUGCACGCACGACAACACUCCACUCCACACGAAGACACCUCCUUGCCGUUACCAAUGUCUCCAUUACGGACGAACUCUAUAUGCACGCCGCUGACUCGAGGCGGCUAUAGAGCAUCUGUAUCUCCUCGCGAUCACGAAAAGCGUCAGACUCCGGAGUUAACCUAGAACAUUUCCUCCGCUAUUGUCCCGUCUCAUACCCAGCGACACCAUAAAACUAACAGCUACCUCAACUAACCACUGUUUUCCAACUAACAAUCAGCUAUCAGCUACUCACUUUCAGAGCUUUUCCACAAUGCAUCUCAUCCUCACAGGCGCAACCGGCCUCGUCGGCUCCGCCGUCCUCCAAAACAUGCUCACAAUGGAAUCCGUGACCAAGAUCUCCAUCCUCAGCCGCCGCCCCGUGCCCAUGAUCGCAGGCCACGAAGACAAAGCCAAAGUCAUCAUCCACAAGGACUUCGAAUCCUACCCGCCCGAGCUCCUCGACCAACUAAAGGACGCGCAUGGCUGCGUCUGGGCCCAAGGCAUCUCCGCGAUGAAAGUCUCGAAACCCGAAUACAUCAAAAUCACAAUCGACUACCCCCUCGCGGCCGCCACCGCCUUCUCCACCCUGCACCCCACCACCCCCUUCACUUUCGUCUACGUCUCGGGCGAAGGCGCCACCACCGCUCCCGGCAUGCUGACGUCCUUCUUCGGCAAGAUCAAAGGCCAAGCCGAGACCACGCUGCUCGCCCUCAACGCCUCCAACCCCAACUUCCGCCCCUACAGCGUGCGGCCCGGCGGCGUGGACCCGCGCGCGCAUACCGAGAUCCUCGAGUUCGCGGCGCCGUACGCGGCGUGGCAGAAGCCCGUGUGGACCGGCAUCAAGGCGCUGUAUCCGAGCUUGCACGCGCCGUCGAGGGAGCUGGGGAGGGUGUUGACGGAGUUGGCGGCGUCGAAGGGGGAGGCGUUGGGUGGGAAGGGGGUCGAAGGGGAGGGGCGGAUUGUGAAUAAUGUGGGGUGGAGGAGGAUGGCGGGGCUGUGA